GGUACACCUGCACGUGCGCGUUCACACACAAGCGCACGGGGACGAAUGAGACAACAAGGAGCGUUGCUAUGAGGAGGGAAGUGGAUUUAAAUGAAGGGCAGCGCAGCAGAGGCGGGUGCGGUGGAGGAGGGGGAGUCACACGCGCCGGGACAAGAACAUGACUUGAAGAUGAUUGGUCCUCAGUUGGAGGAGGUGGGGGACAAAGACUGUCCAUCUCCUGAGGAACUGGAGUGUAAGAUCUGCUACCAGCGCUACAAUGCACACAACAGGAAGCCCAAAAUCCUGGACUGCCUGCAUCGGGUCUGUGCCCGCUGCCUCCUGAAGAUCCUGGAUGUGGCAGACGGCGGGGGCAGCAUUCCCUGCCCCUUCUGCAGACACCAGACUGAGAUCUCAGAGUACCAGGUGUCGGCCCUGCCCGAUGAUGUCAACAUAAUGUCCCACCUGGAGAAGUCCAGCAGCUCAGACCAGAACAGGGAGGUCCUCCUGACUCCACAAAGUUUCUCCUCCUCCAGUCCGUCUCGUGACUCCUCCAACUGCCUGGUCAUCACCAUAAUGGAGGUGCAGAGGGACUCGGGGCACUCCCCUAGCCAAAACGGUAGCUCCGAUAUCUACGCUGAGCAGAGUUUGGACUCUGUUUCCAUUGGAUCCAAUGGACCUGCUGAUCACGACGCCCUGACCAAGCUCUGCAACCACGUGCCGCGAAUCCUGGUCUGGCUGCUGGGCUUCCUAUACUUUGGUUCACUGCCUCUAGGAAUCUACCUACUGGUGAUCCAGAGAGUGACUCUGGGCAUUGUGUGCGUGAGCCUGGUGCCGUCCAGCCUAACGGUCUGCCUGGUGUACGGUUUCUGCCAGUGCCUGUGUCAGGGCAUGUGCGACUGCUCCUCCAGGGGUUGACCGGCGCCAACCGGCUGUUCCUGUGACACGGACCAAGCCGCUGCAGAAAACAGGCUGACGGUUUGAGAAGAGAUAAACCGUGAUUUCCUCCACGGCACAUUUAGAGUCCUGGCGGCGAGCCGUCCUCAUGCAAAAUGAAGGAGCAGCGAGAGCGGUGUGCUUUCUGUCUUUUUUUUUUUUUUACAGCCUCUGCAGCAUCUGUGGCACCAGCUUGGCCGGGAAGUGACAGAGGCCUCCACGGCAUCUCUGCAAUACUGUGAUGUGUGACUUUUGUCGUGUGUCUUGACUAUAACCUGGUCCAUCGUAGUCUUUGAGCAAAGACUCUUAGAAUUUCACCAAAGCAAAGAGCUGACAAGUUACGUUACCACCCUUCCUGACCUCUCAAAAAAACCUCAUCCACUCAUUUUUUAAUCUGCAAUUUGGCAAAAAAAUGUUUCUGUAACAAACUGAUCUGACGUCCAUACAGAAAAUAAUCACUGUUCGUUAAAGACCUAAUCCGAUAAAUAGUGGUGUUUUUAACAUGUUUGUGGCAUUUUUCUCAUGAUAGAGAACAGAUAUGAACUGGAAUUUGGCCAAAACCUUGAAUCUGCCACAGCAGGCGGAGAAGGGGCAAUUGUUGUUUUGUCGUUUUACAGGCAAUUCACUGUAAGUGUGAGAAAACCAGCAGCCUUGCAGCUCAGGUUGUUAUGAGACACUUUUCGUUCAGUUUCCUUCGGGGUUGAACUUCUGUCUCAAAAGCUGCAUUUCGUACAGCUUCUGCAGAGCUUUAGUCCUGAGAAACGUGUCUUUAGGACAUUGUGUGACAGCACAAUGAACUGGGUCUUAGCUUUAUCUGCUUAAUGUCGGAUAAACUGAGCAGAUUUCUAUCAUUUAGUGCUCUCAAGAGUCAAAGCCAUUGACUGUAUAUUAGAGCUGGACCCCCCCUGGCGUUCCAAACAAGAAGUAGCUGCUGCAUCCAAAAGCCAAAAUCCCAUAAGCUAAUAUAGAGAA